AUUUUCUUCGAUCACCAAGAAAGUUCACGAUCUCUUUGCAUCAGCGCUCCUCAGCUCUGCGCGGAUUCUGAGUUUAUUGUUAAACUUUCACCCCAAUCCGCAUUGGUUUGAAGUUUUCUUAAAAACAACCUGCGGACGCGUAGGGGCUGAACAAAGAGCAACAACUUUACUCAUUUAAUUAAUUACGUAUCUAGUAACUAUCUAUUUGUUAUCAACAAUGGAUGAUCUCUUUAACGUUUUCGACGAGCAAUCCGUGGGCAAGGUUCGGUCGGAAGCUCAAUCGCCCCCGGUUUCGAAGUCACACAAGUCUAAGAAGAAGAGCAAGAAGAGAAAGGCCGAUGGUGGAAUGAAAAAUGGAUCUGCUACUGCAUUAUCCGCCCCUGCACCCGAAGUCGAUAUGGCAGACGCAGAACCUGCGUCUCCAGAGGAAGAUGGCCGUGAAGUGACCGUGUCCGAGAGUCAUGGGGAUAGCAAGCGCAGACGAAAAGAUGGCGUGGCUGAACCGGUAUUGACAGAUACUUUCGAAACGGCGGAAUCCAGAGAAGUUGGCGCGGUAGCUGGAUUCGCCCCGACGAAGGACGAGGCGUCGUUAGUCCUGUCGCACAAUAUUCAGCACCAAGUCGCACUUCCACCAGAUCUCGAUUAUGAAUACGUUCCACUAUCCGAACACAAACCCCCCGAGAACCCUGCACGAACUUGGCCAUUCACGCUCGAUCCCUUCCAGCGUCUCUCGAUCUCCUCCAUCGAACGAGAUGAGAGCGUUCUGGUAUCAGCGCAUACUAGUGCCGGAAAGACAGUCGUAGCCGAGUAUGCCAUCGCACAUUGUCUCAAGAAGAACCAACGAGUCAUCUACACGAGUCCUAUCAAGGCAUUGAGCAACCAGAAGUACCGAGAAUUUAACGAAGCAUUUGGUGAUGUCGGUCUAAUGACAGGUGAUGUCACCAUAAAUCCCACCGCCAGUUGCCUCGUUAUGACUACCGAAAUUCUGCGAUCUAUGUUGUACCGAGGAUCUGAAAUUAUGCGAGAAGUGGCCUGGGUAGUUUUUGACGAGAUUCACUACAUGCGAGACAAGUCGCGUGGUGUGGUUUGGGAAGAAACGAUCAUUCUCCUGCCAGACAAGGUCCGAUACGUGUUCUUGUCUGCGACAAUCCCCAAUGCCUUUCAGUUCGCCGAGUGGAUCGCCAAAAUCCAUCGACAGGCUUGCCAUGUCGUUUACACAGAUUUUAGACCUACUCCCCUACAAAACUAUUUCUUCCCAUCUGGUGGUACCGGUAUAUUCUUAGUUGUGGAUGAGAAGGGUGUCUUCCGAGAGCACAACUUUAACAAGACUAUACAGCUGGUCGAAGAACGCAAAGCAGCUGCCGAAGAGAACGAGUCUAAGACAAGGGGCAAAGGAAAGCACAAGAAGCCGUUCAAGGGAGGGAAUAACGAGGCUGCGUCAGCGGAUAUUCAGAAGAUCGUGAAGAUGAUCAUGAACAAAAACUUCAAUCCGGUCAUCGUUUUCAACUUUAGUAAGCGAGAGUGCGAGAUGAUGGCAUUAACGACAUCAAAGUUUGCAUUCAACGACGAGAGCGAGAAGGCUAUGGUGCGGAAAGUAUUCGUCAGUGCUAUCGAAUCUCUCUCAGAGGAGGACCGCGAACUUCCACAGAUACAAAAUAUUCUUCCGCUUUUGGAGAAGGGAAUCGGCGUCCAUCACUCGGGUCUUCUGCCAAUUCUCAAGGAAACCAUUGAGAUCCUGUUCCAGGAAGGUCUCAUCAAAGUUCUCUUCGCUACUGAGACAUUCUCCAUCGGGCUGAACAUGCCGGCAAAAACGGUUGUCUUUACAAAGGUCACCAAGUUUGACGGCAAGUCUGUCAGACCGUUGACUCCGUCCGAGUACAUCCAGAUGUCCGGACGUGCAGGUCGUAGAGGUCUCGAUGAACGUGGUAUAGUUAUCAUGAUGAUUGACGAUACGAUGGAACCGGAAACGGCGAAGAAUAUCGUUGUCGGCCAGCAAGAUCGCCUCAAUUCUGCUUUCUAUCUUGGCUACAACAUGGUUCUGAAUUUACUUCGAAUCGAUGCUAUUAAUCCAGAAUUCAUGUUGGAGAACUGCUUCUUCCAGUUCCAGAACACCGCUAGCGUCGCUGGCCUGGAGCACGAAUUAAUGAAGCUACAGAAAGCACGAGAUGAGAUGGUCAUCACUGACGAGGCUACGAUCAAGGAUUAUUACGGUUUACGUCAACAAAUCUCCCAGUACACCAAAGAUAUGUUAGCGGUCAUCCAGCAUCCGAAUUAUUGUAUCGACUAUCUCCAACCUGGAAGGCUCGUCCAAAUAGCUCACCCGAAGACCGGCAAAGACUUUGGCUGGGGCGUCAUCGUGAACAUGACUAAGCGUAAGGAACCGAAAUUCGGCGAAAAGGAGUAUCCGCCACAAGAAUCGGUUUUCCUGGAUGUUUUCCUACGGCUCGACCCGACUUGUGAUCCCUUCGGGCCUCCGAAUCCUUCAACAGAGAUGCCAGAAGGGGCUCGGGCCAGUGACCCGAACAAGGACAGCAUCUUUGAAGCGAUCCCUUGCAUGCUCACAUGUAUCAAGGCUCUUAGUCAGAUCCGAGUAUUCAUGCCAAAAGAGGUGAAGACAAGGGAGGAUGUCGAGUCUGUCCGUAAACAGCUUCUCAAGUCGCUUAAGGAGGUUGAGCGCCGUUUCCCCGAUGGUUUACCGGUGUUGGAUCCUAUUGAGAACAUGAACAUCACGGACGACUCAUUCAAGAAACUGCUCCGCAAGAUCGAGGUUCUCGAGUCACGACUAUUGGCUAACCCACUCCACGGCUCGCCUAUGUUGCCAGGACUCUGGGAGCAGUAUUCGGCAAAAAUUGCUCAGGCUGACGAGAUCAAGGCCAUGAAGAAGACAAUCGCCAAGGCCCAUUCCAUCGCACAGCUAGACGAACUCAAGUCGAGGAAACGAGUUCUACGCCGUCUAGGCUUUAUCAACGAAUCCGAGGUUGUCCAGAUGAAGGCUCGUGUAGCUUGCGAGAUUUCUUCAACGGAAGGUCACGAACUGCUAUUAUCCGAAUUACUAUUCAACCGAUUCUUUAACGAAUUAACCCCAGAGAUAUGCGCUGCUGUUCUUAGCGUUUUCAUCUUCGAAGAGAAGGUCGAAGCACAGGCCUUGCCCGACGAGCUUAGUAAGCCGUACGCGCAGGUCCAAGCUCAAGCCCGAAUCAUCGCCAAAGUUAGCCAAGAGAGUAAACUGGACGUUAACGAGGAGGAGUAUGCGCAAAGUUUGAAAUGGCAACUCAUGGAAACUGUCUAUGCGUGGGCGAACGGGAAAUCCUUUGCCGACGUCUGCAAAAUGACCGAUGCGUACGAGGGUUCCUUAAUUCGUUUAUUCCGCCGACUUGAGGAAUUACUUCGACAAAUGGCACAAGCAGGAAAAGUAAUGGGUAGCGAAGAGCUGACGACGAAGUUCGAGGGAAGCUUAGCCAAGAUCCGUCGGGACAUCGUGGCGGCUCAAUCCCUUUAUUUGUAAUUUGACUUUACUACGUACUGCAUUCGACGACAACCUCUUCCACGACCUCCAUCUUCUCGGCAUCAUACGACUAGAAAAAUAGGUAAGUGGGCGGAUGAGGAUAAUAGGCUACGCAAUGACCCGCGAUGACCGAUAAGUUGGUGGUUUACCACCAACUUUCUGGCUUCGAGAAUGGGGAUUAUGCAAAGGAGGCUCACGACCUGCAUUUCGUCACGGAGUUCACGGAUGGGAUACCACUUUGUUUCGGGAUCGAUGACAGAGACCGUACCUGAUGGGCUGUGUUGCUUCUUUUUCGAGGAGUAGCACUCUCUUGAGGUCUUUCGAGUUUCUGGUAGUAUGCUUAGAUAGAGAACUUGGGCAUCGCCAGUGUUGACGAUGUCCAACCCGUAUGCUUGUCUUAUCUUCCUCUGCUGUGGUGAUAAAUGCGUGUAUGGUAUUUGCUCUUAACCGCUUAAACGCCGUUCCAUGAUAGAUGAUCCCAACUUGACGCCGUCCGAUGCAUAUGUAUAUAUAUGUACACCUUCUCUUCCCAUCAAGUCUAAAUCCUUACACUCUCCACACCUCCUCCCAAGUACGCUAUGCAAUAGAAGUACAUCUUCCCUCCUCACUUCUCCCCCGAAAUACUCCUAAUAAUCCCAAUCAAAACACUAAAAACCACCCCAACCCCAACCAUAAACCUCCACC